CUCUAGCAUUAUUGGUCACUCUUGAAGUUGCGGCAACAUUGCCGACUCGUGUGGGCUUCAAGCAUCGGGUUCGUCUUCCCGAGAGCACCGCAGCUGCGCCAUGGCGGUAUUGAUUCUAACUUCGGUGUUGUUGUUAUUGGUUUGGCGUGUGGAGGCAAUAGAUUGUGCCACUGAUGGUUCUGAUUAUUCCUACACGGAAUCAAUAUCUGGUGUCAGGCGCAAGGUAGUGACAAAUCAUUGUCCAAACCACCCCUUCUACGACUUGAACCCGAACACGGCAGUAAAGUCUUCGAAAACCUACACGAUCCCGGCAAUCCCUACAUACGUAGGCGCAGCUACCGAUUCUUCCACUUCUUCAGCGCACGUCGAUCUAUCCGCGCAGGGAGGCGCAGUCGGCGUCUUCUUCAACGCGGCGCAGCUGUACUCCCCCUACGGCGGCCCUACGUACGGCACCGUCACUGGCUGGGCGAACUCGGCUCCAUUCGCGGAGGGCAACACAUUCGACCCGUGCGGAUGCCAUGGGUCGAGCCCCACUAUAGCAACGUACCAUUGCCAUGUGCCGCCCAGUUGUUUGUUGAAUCAGUUGGGUCAGACUUCUUCGGCCCACUCUCCCCAGAUCGGUUGGGCGUUCGAUGGUUUUCCCGUCUACGGCCCCCGCGGUCCUUCUGGUACGAUGAUGCAGACGUGUACAGUCACGGGAGGGACAUACGGCACAGACGUAUGCACGGACGAUUGCGGCGGAUAUUACAAAGUUGAUAGCUCCAUCGACGAGUUCGUGUACAGGUACUACACGCUUGGUCAGUACAACGAUGGCACCAGUUGUGCCGCCCCUGGCUGCGCAUCACCAACAUCUGAGUUCCAUCCCACCACGAUGAUGUGCUUCCGGGGCUGCUGCCCGACAGGCGUUAUGUGCAGUGGUGGUGUCCGGAGGUGCCCGUCUUCGGGUACAUUGGACGGGGUUACAGGCACGUACGCGGCCUCCGUGCCGACCGUUAACGGCAUGUCUAUGGCGUUGGGGCUCCCGACGAACGAGGCGGCUUGCAGGCACAGCAACAUCGCGUGCGCUUCGUGCUCGGAAUGUGAGUGGAGCAAGAACCAAUGUGGUGUUGGCGGUUCGAGCACAGGCACGUGCACGGGUCUGGCGUCGACGCCUGCCCCGCCGCCGACGCCGGCGCCGACACUAGAGCCCACACAGGUGCCAACACCAGCGCCAACACCAGCGCCAUCACCAACGCCGACUCCAGAGCCAACACCAGCUCAAACACCAACACCGACAACAGCGCCGACUGCAGCGCCAGCGACAACAGCGCCGACUGCAGCGCCAACAAACACGCCAACACCAGCGCCAUCACCAGCCCAAACAGCAGCCCCAUCGACGCCUGCGCCGACACUAGCGCCCACACAGGUGCCAACACCAGCGCCAACACCAGCGCCAUCACCAACGCCGACUCCAGAGCCAACACCAGCUCAGACACCAACACCGACAACAGCGCCGACUGCAGCGCCAGCGACAACAGCGCCGACUGCAGCGCCAACAAACACGCCAACACCAGCGCCAUCACCAGCCCAAACAGCAGCCCCAUCGACGCCUGCGCCGACACUAGCGCCCACACAGGUGCCAACACCAGCGCCAACACCAGCGCCAUCACCAACGCCGACUCCAGCGCCAACAUCAGGUCAAGCACCAACACCGACAACAGCGCCGACUGCAGCACCAACACCGACAACAGCGCCGACUGCAGCGCCAGCGACAACAGCGCCGACUGCAGCGCCAACCAACACGCCAACACCAGCGCCAUCACCAGCCCAAACACCAGCCCCAUCGACGCCUGCGCCGACACUAGCGCCCACACAGGUUCCAACACCAGCGCCAACACCAGCGCCAUCACCAACGCCGACUCCAGCGCCAACACCAGCUCAAGCACCAUCGCCGACAACAGCGCCGACUGCAGCGCCAGCGACAACAGCGCCGACUGCAGCGCCAGCAAAAUCGCCAACACCAGCGCCAUCACCAGCCCAAACACCAGCCCCAUUGACGCCUGCGCCGGCACUAGCGCCCACACAGUCGCCAACUUCAGCCCCCAAACCAGCCAUAUCAUCAGGGUCCACGAUUGCGGGAAGCAUGAAGCUGAGCUUCGGCGACAACGCGGCAGCGGUGGCAGAUCCCCAGGUGAAGAUGGGCGUCGAGAAGGGUAUCGCCGUCACCAGCGGACUCGGGGAGGAGAAUGCGGGCAUGGUCGAGGCCACCUUGUCGCUCGUGACGCUGAGGCGGCUUAGCGCUGCGAUCCGCCGGCUCUCCGGCUUCUCCGUCCAGGUGGACUUCGAGAUCACCAUUCCUCCGGAGGCCUCGGCCUGGAUCGUCGCUGACGACGUGGCGGCCUCGCUCGUCUCGGCGGACGAGGCGGACCUCAGCAGCGCGCUCUCGGAAGCCGUCGCGUCGGUCGCCGACGCGGGGUACUCCGUGGAGGUCGCCGAGCUGCCGAGCGUGGUCCCGAUCGUGCCGGCACCAGCGCCAGGCGAUGGAGUCGAUGCGAAUGCCAGUGCACUGGCCUGCCCGUGCUGGGCCCACGCGCUCGUCUGCUCGGUCUGUCUGUUGGCCUGCGUGCGGGCGUGAUGUCGGAGGUGUGCGGCCCGCAUGCCGAGGCGCCCCCUGGGGCGGACGGUUGAUCCUCUGCCCACGCCCGCCCAACCUGGCAAGUGGGGCAGCCUGUGCCUCCAACUAGGGUUGAGUCGGGCCUGUCCCUCUACAGGGGGGAAUAUUCGAAAAUGGCCAAGAAGUAGUCUGGAGACGAUGCUUUGAUUAUUGUUUGAAUAUUGUUGAGUCUGUUCUGACUAUCUUUAAACUGUUUCGCCCCAACUCCGCCUUUAGGGGGACAUGCCCGACCUAAAACUAAGGGGCUUGCCGGAUCGGAAAGGAAAGUCGUCUGAGGUUUCUGACUCGAGAAUCAAGCAGACUUGCUGGCCUUACUUCCGCCGAGGGGACGGUUCAGCUCGCAGGUGGGAGCAGGCGGCCAAGGCAUGGGCGGCGUGCUGACGGCACCCGCUUCCGCUUACAUUUAUGUCGGGCUUGUCCUUCUUCAG